AUGAACUUGCACAACCUCCCAGCUGAGAGACUGAAAGUGCUGGCCUGCCUGAACAAACUGAGACAGCAGCACGUGGACAUAAUGAAGGUUUUUAACGAUCCAAUUCAUGGGCACAUUGAAAUACAUCCCCUUCUUGUUCGUAUCAUCGACACACCUCAGUUUCAGCGCCUCAGAUACAUUAAGCAGCUGGGUGGCACUUACUUCGUUUUUCCAGGAGCCUCUCACAACCGCUUUGAACACUCUAUAGGGGUGGGCUACCUAGCAGGAUGUCUGGUUCGUGCACUGAAGGAGAGACAACCAGAACUAGAUAUAACCCAGCGAGAUAUCCUCUGUGUAGAAAUUGCUGGGCUUUGUCAUGAUUUGGGUCAUGGGCCAUUUUCACACAUGUUUGAUGGAAGAUUUAUUCCACUCGCUCGUCCAGAUUUGAAGUGGAAGCAUGAAACUGCUUCUGUUAAAAUGUUUGAGCACCUGAUCGCUUCCAAUAAACUAGAAGAAGUCAUGAAGUCGUAUGGUCUUGUCCUGGAAGAAGAUAUGAACUUCAUCAAGGAACAAAUAGGAGGGCCUAUAGAUGAAACCGCUUGUGAGAAAUCGUGGCCCUACCAUGGUCGACAAAAGGAGAAAAGUUUCCUAUAUGAGAUAGUAGCUAACAAAAAAAAUGGCAUUGAUGUUGACAAAUGGGAUUAUUUUGCAAGGGAUUGCCAUCACCUAGGAAUCCAGAAUAAUUUUGAUUAUAAGCGAUUGCUUAAAUUCACUCGGGUCUGUGAAGUAAAAAACCAGAAGCAUAUCUGUACCCGUGACAAGGAAGUUGGAAAUUUGUAUGAUAUGUUCCACACACGGAAUUGCCUGCACCGGCGAGCAUACCAGCAUAAGAUUGGCAACAUCAUUGAAAUAAUGAUUACGGAAGCCUUUCAAAAAGCAGACAAAUUUUUUAAAAUAGAAGGCUCUGGAGGAAAACUGUACCAGAUUUCUACAGCAAUGGAGGACAUGGAAGCCUACACUAAGCUAACUGAUAAUAUCUACCUGGAAAUUCUGCACUCAAGUUGUCCAGAACUGAAGGAGGCACGAGAAAUUUUGCAUAAAAUAGAACGACGUGAAUUAUACAAGUUUUUAGGAGAGACUCAACCUGAAACAAUGAGGGAAAUUGUAAAGAAUAAUAGCCUGGCAGAAAGCAUUGCUAAUUCCAAGCCAGAAAAGGAUCCUCCAGAUGUGCAGCUGAAGGCUGAAGAUUUCAUAAUUGAUGUUAUCAAUAUGGAUUAUGGAAUGAAAGAACAGAAUCCCAUUGAUAAUGUUCUCUUCUAUUGCAAGGCUGAUCCUUCCCAGGCAGUCAAGAUCAGUAAAGAGCAGGUUUCAAAGUUUUUACCCAUGACAUUUGCAGAGCAGGUUAUCCGUGUUUAUUGCAAAAGUCAGGAUCCAGAUAUUAUUUCAGCUGCAAAACAGUAUUUUAUUCAGUGGUGUAUAAAGAAGGAUUUCACCAAACCACAGGAUAGUGAUGUGGUUGCCCCUCAUCUAAUUCCAAUGAAGAAAAGCUGGAAUAACACGAGAGAUGAUGAACACAGGACAGCUUCAGAACCCAGUUGCAAACAAAGGCUUCCAUUUGAUAAGUAACACUUUUCCUUUUGGCACUAUUCAGUCUGCUUCUUCAGAAGAUGGGUAAACCUGGGCAGCAACGCUUUUAAAAGCCAGUGGGAUGGACUGUAAGGAUUUAUGGAACAAUGCAGAAAUGCAUUUUACAAUACAGUAUGUUUUAAUGUAGGUACUUAAACAAAGUGCAUAUUCCAAAUGGCCUUUUAAAAAAUUAACAACCUAUUACAGCAGAGCAAAUUCAAUUCUCAUCUAUUUUUGAAUGUAUUGGCACUGUGUAGCAAGAGUAACUUUAAGAAUUGCAAUUCAUCGUUAUUACAAGAAGUGCUGAAGACACGGUACUGUUCCUUCUAGUCCUGAUCCCUUCUUAAGAUGAUUGUGAUAUUGCAUGAGCUAGCAGAAAAACUUCCAGCUCAGGUUGUUUUUUGUUUUUUUUUUCCCCAGUACCUGAGGAAGAGAGGAGUAAGUAUGCUUCUGAAAAUAGAACUGAAAUAGAACUUUGAAAUAACCACAGAUGGCAUCUUCAAGAAUAGCAAAAUGAAUUUCAUUUAAAAAAAUAAAAGGAGGGGAGAGGGGAAUCUUUUUGAUAGCCAAAGAUUACUUUUCUGGUAUUCAAAAAGCUGAUGAUGAUGCAGGCCUCUCGCUAUAAGUGUGACCACAAUUUUUACUGAAGUAACAAUGCAUUGCAGUGACAUGCAGCCUUUUAUUGUUUUAUAGUGUAUUUUUGAUACAUUGAAUGUUAUAUUUUUACUGUUACACUGAACUGCAAAAACUGCUCGGAACCUCCAUUGUUUGAGUGCUCGCAGGAAAGCAGAGCUACCCGAAUGUUUGUCAGGGCAGGUGGACGUGCGCACAGCUCUUGGCACGGUUAGUGACGCCCGGCAGGAUGCUGCGCUGGCUCUGCUCUUCCGUGCGCCAAGCGCACCUUGUUUCUGCAUUACACUGUACUAGGUAGACAGGCUCUUCAGGAAUCCCUCCAUCCUUGUGUCCCUUCCCUGUUUCUCCUGGAUCUCUGAUCGCUGUUCCUGUGUAAUUUUUCUCUCCCUUGUAGAACUAUAAGGGUUCUUACAUUUUCCCUUACUGGCAGUACUAAUGUGAGUGUUGCUAAAUGUCUGUCCAGUUGAAAAAGUGAACGAGGAAGACCUUUUUCCUCUCACCUUUUACUCAGGUCUAAGAGGAAGGCUGCUUUCAUUAAAUAAAACCUAAAAGCUUGAAAAAGCCCGCCCUCAAAACUAAAAAUGCAAAGCAAAAGGUUCAGUAAUGCUCAGAAAUUGGAACAAGCUUUGGGUUUUUACAUCUGAAAUGGGGAAAGAAAAGUUCAGCAUUCAGUUUUGGCAGGCAAGCGUGGGUAACUAGGUUAGUUUCUGAAAACUAACACAAUGGGAAGUCACUGUGAGAGAACCGCAGAACUCUCUUUAUAUCUGAUUACGUUUCCUUUGCCCUUUUUAUCACGGGAACUGAUAGCUGUUAGGCAGAGGGAAGGAGAAUGAGUAUUCAUGUACUUACUCAGAUUUCAUUUGUUGAAAUAACCAGAAGUCGUUUUGCGCUCUGCUGCUCUCUUAUGUACCUGUGCUUGCGUGUAAAGGUGAUGCGGUGCGACCUCUGCUGUUCAUAUCUUUAACAGGAUCUUUCAGGUCUGCAGUUGUACCAGAUAACUAUUAGAAGGGGUUGUGACCUCUUUAAAAGCUUUUACAGAACUUCUUAUUAUGCUUCAAGAAACAACAUCACAGAGUGAAAGCAUUUAUCUCUCUUAUGUGCAUAAAAUCAAGUAUUGUUCAGAAUAAUGUAAUUUUGUUAUUGUGGGUUUGUUUUGAAUCCGUUAUAAAAGGUGCACUUUAUACUUGGGAAAUAUCUUUUGCUUAUGCUUAAGCAAAAAUUUGUACUUAAUGUUAAGUUCUGAGACAGAGCAUUUCUUUUUCUCAAACAUGUUAAUCUGAGCCUCUCUGGACUAAGAGUAAAUUUAUAAACAAUGAUUUUACUAUUCUUUUAAGGAAUUGCAGUGUGUGAACUUUAUUAAAAAUGGUCUUACU